GCGGGGGCGGCCGGGUCUGCGGCGGCCCCGCGCCCUGCGGUGUCCCGCCCCCAGCCCCUGUCCCGAGGCUCGGGCGUCAGGGCCCACAGACAUCGCCCAAGGGGCCCUUGCCCGCCGAGGCGCCACCAACCCUCCUGCCCCGAAGAGCUGGCCUGACGUCCCCCGGCUCGCGGUACCCGGGGUGGGGGGCGGUGACGCGUGGGGUCGCCCACUUCCCGCGGUGGAGUGUUCAGAUUCGCGUCGGGUCUCCGGUCAGCAUCGCCCCCUGGGACGUUGAGCGGCGCCCCCUUUCCCCGGGGGCCAGAUCACCACUUGGAUUUUGCCGUGCAGCCCGUGGUUGGUCCAGGGCCCGGUUAUCCUACCUUUUCUCUCAAUGCGCAUUUGGGAUCUUUGCCACCAUCGCUAGAAUCAUUCGGUACAAACUUACUGGUAAUUCAUUCAUCGUGGGCCAGGGAUUUUUCUUGAAAGCCACAAAUCCACGGCAGCUCUUGACUCUCGCUUCUCAGACAUUCUUUCGAGGAAUCUUCAGCCUCGCCAGGCAGCUUUGUCGAAUUUAUACAGGAAGCAGAUUCAGCACCCCACGAACCACUGGAGGAGGUGUUUGCUUUUCCAAACAGAGAGGGCAGUGCAUGAAGCCAGGGGUCAUCAGCCAUGCUCCAGACUCUGUGGUCCCAGGAGCCAGUGACCUUUGAGGACGUGGCCGUGUACUUCACCCGGAAUCAAUGGACUGGCCUGGACCCCGUGCAGAGGGCCUUGUACCGGGAGGUGAUGCUGGAGAAUUAUGCAAAUAUAACUUCCUUGGGAGCAUUUCCAUUCCCCAAACCAGAGCUGAUACUCCGGCUGGAGCGAGGAGAGGCACCGCGGGGCCUGGAUCCCUGGACACCCACGGGGGGAGAGGCCCCGGGAGAUGUCCGCACAGGUGGUAAAAACAAGACCGCGAAGGAGGAGCAAACCCCAAGGCCGGACGUUUCUGGAGCAUCGGCGGCCCAGAGACCGGCGGUGGAGGGGCUGCUCCCGGACGGUCCCCAGCAGCCUCACCUUAAAGCCAGCUUGGAGGAGCCACCGCUGUGUGACCUGGGGGCGGACACGGGCUCACAGGGAGGGGGUUUCACGGGCUGGCUGGUGCAGGGGUACAGACCCUCCACCAGGGAAAGGGAGGAGCCAGCCAGCACACCGCAGGGAAGCGCCGGUGCCCGUGUCCUGACGAAGCCGGGCCUGCGCCGGGGACCGGCGGUUUACGCGUGCGGCGAGCGCGGCCGGUGUUUCGGCCUGCCUUCAGACCUGCAGCGGCAGCAGAGCGUCCACACGGAUGACAGGCCCUUCGGAUGCAAGGAGUGCGGGAAGGCCUUCAGGUACAGCUCCAAACUGGCCCGGCACCAGAAGAGCCACACCGGGGAGAGGCCUUACUCGUGCCAGGAGUGCGGGCAGGCCUUCGGCCAGAAUUCCCACCUCCGGCAGCAUCGGAAACUGCACGGCGGCGACAAGCCCUAUGAGUGUCAGGACUGCGGGAAAACCUUCAGCUACAACUCCAAACUCCGCCGCCACCGGCGGGUCCACACGGGGGAGAAGCCCUUCCAGUGCGAGGCCUGCGGCAAGGCUUUCCGGUGCAGCUACGACCGCCUCGUGCACGAGCGAAUCCACACCGGGGAGAAGCCCUACGAGUGCCAGGCGUGCGGGAAGAGCUUCAGCUCCGCGUCGGUGCUCGGCCAGCACCAGCGAACCCACACCGGGGAGAAGCCGUACGCGUGCGAGGAGUGCGGGAAGGCCUUCGGCCGCAGCUCCGCCUUCCUCCAGCACCGGCGGCUGCACACGGGCGAGAAGCUGUUCAAGUGCACCGAGUGCUGGAAGACCUUCAGCUGCAGCUCGCGCUUUGCCGUGCACCGGCGGGUGCACACCGGGGAGAGGCCCUACGGCUGCCAGGAGUGCGGCAAGGCCUUCAGCCAGAAGGUCACGCUGGUCCAGCACCGGCGGCUGCACACCGGCGAGAGGCCCUACGAGUGCGCCGCGUGCGGCAAAGCCUUCAAGUGGAGCGCCAGCUUCGUCCAGCACCGCAAGCUGCACGCGCGCCGGGGGGCGGCGCCGGGGCCCGGGCCCCGCCGCCCGGCUCUACCCGCCCCCGCCCUGCCGGCGGCCGCCCCGCCUGCCCCACACCCCGCGCCGCGGCCCCCGCCCGCGCCUGGCUUCGCGCUGCGCCCCCGGGCCGCGGCGGCCGGGCGAGUAGCGCACGGCCUUCGGGACCUCACUUCCCCCGCGAGCCCGAACCCCUCGCCCCACGCCCGGUGA